UGCUACUAAAAGUUUGUUGCCAACCGCCAAUAACACCAACAAGAAGAAGAAGAAGAAUUGUUCUUCCGGUGAUAGAGGUCAGCUCUUUUGAACGGACGUAACAGGUAUCCCUGAAAAUCGACGAAAGCCACCAAAAAUAUGUCUCACACCAUCCUGCUGGUGCAGCCCACGAAGAGGCCAGAGGGUCGGACAUAUGCUGAUUAUGAAUCCGUCAACGAAUGUAUGGAAGGAGUUUGUAAGAUGUAUGAGGAGCAUUUAAAGAGAAUGAACCCCAACAGUCCAUCAAUAACAUAUGACAUCAGUCAACUGUUUGACUUCAUCGAUGACCUCGCUGACCUCAGCUGCUUGGUGUAUCGUGCCGACACACAGACGUACCAGCCUUACAACAAGGACUGGAUCAAGGAGAAGAUCUAUGUGCUGCUUCGUCGUCAAGCCCAGCAAGCAGCCAAGUGAAGCUCCUGAGAAGAUCCGGGGGGGUGUUUAUUAGCUGUGUUUUUUCUGUGCUCUUUUCUCAUGGGGAGUGUAUUUUAUAUGUCCUUGUUUGACUCAUUAAUAAAGAUUCCUAUUAAAUAACACUA